AUGGCUCGGGCUUUAGUUUCUUUCUAUUAUAUUAUGGAUCAGCUUGGUUCAAUAAUUUCUACAGAGUUCACGUUGUUUGCAGAUGUUGAGGAGGAAAUCCAAAAGCUUGAAAGCAAAUUCCAUAGUAUUCAGACAGUGCUCAACAAUGAAGAGAAAAGGUUUGUGAAGGAGGAAGGAAGCUGUGAAGAGAAAAUGGGUACGUAUGUUGCUAAUAAAUCAAGAAACCCACUUGUUUUUGUUACUGUUAGAGUAAGGCAGUUUAUACCAUUUCACGCUCUUUAUUCUACUCUACCUCCUUCUACUACAAGUAGUAGUAAUGUUAGAGAGUACUUGGAAAUCCCAUAUCAGAAUCGUAAUCAGUUGUUGAAAUCUGUGAGAGAUCACUGCAAAUCUCGAACCUUUAGGAAUCUUGAUCAUGCCUUAGUCUUUUUUGAUAAAAUGCUUCAGUUAAGCCCUUUGCCUUCCAUUGUGGAUUUCACUCAAUUUUUUGGUGCCAUUGCAAGAAUGAAGCAUUACUCGGUAGUCAUUACUCUGAUUGGACAAAUGGGAUCAUUAGGAAUUGCUCCCAAUGAUUAUACUCUCUCUGUUUUGAUUAACUGCUUUUGCCAAUUGAACCGAGUAGAUUUUGGGUUCUCUGUCUUGGCAACAAUUUUGAAACUUGGUUAUCACCCAAACCGUAUAACUCUAAACACUCUUGUCAAGGGGCUCUGUCUUCAGGGUAACAUUGCUGGAGUUGUCAGGUUGGUAGAAGAUAUGGAGAAGAAUGGUUAUCAACCUAAUGCAUUUACCUGUGGAACGAUACUAAAUGGUCUAUGUAAGAUUGGUGAGACUGAUAAGGCUAUUAGGUUGCUUAGGAAGAUGGAAGAAGGGAAUUUUGAGCUUGAUUUGACUGCGUAUAGCACAAUAAUUGAUGGUUUAUGCAAGGACAAAUCGGUAUCUGAGGCAUUGAACUUUUUGUUUGAGAUGAUGAGGAAAGGCAUUCAUCCAAACCUUAUCGUUUACAAUUCCUUAAUUCAUGGCCUAUGUAAUUUUGGCCGGUGGAGGGAGGCUAUUACCUUGUUGAAUGAGACAGCGCAAAAGAUGAUCUUGCCAGGUGUCCAAACCUGCAACAUAUUGGUGGACGCACUUUGCAAAGAGGGGAAGCUGACCAAGGCAAAAGAAGUUUUUGACGUGAUGAUUCAAAGAGGCAUUCAGCCUAACACAGUCACUUAUAGCUCUUUGAUUGAUGGUUAUUGUUUGCAAAACAAAAUGGAUAAUGCUAUCAAAACAUUUAAUUUGAUGGUUGAGAAAGGUUGGUCGCCUAAUGUGUAUAGUUAUACCAUAUUGAUCAAUGGAUAUUGCAAAAAUAAAAGGAUUGAUGAGGCAAUGCAUCUCUUCCAUGAAAUGUCCAACAAGGGUUUGAUUCCUAAUGUUGUGACUUAUAGCACUCUUAUUGGUGGCUUUUAUCGAGUGCAGAGACCUCAAGCUGCACUAGAGCUAUUCCAUAAGAUGAAAGCUUGUGGCCAAGACCCAAAUCCCCAAACUUAUGCCAUCUUGUUAAAUGGCCUUUGUAAGAACAAACAAAUUGAUGAGGCAAUGGCAGUGUUUCAAGAGAUGGAAUCCAAAAGGAUGGACCAUAAUAUUGUGAUUUAUAACAUUUUAAUUGACGGGUUUUUCAAAGAUGGACUAAUAGAUGAAGCGGUUGAGUUGCUUCAGAAAAUGGAUGGGAAUGGUUGUUUGCCUAAUGAUCGAACAUAUAACACAAUCAUCCAAGGGUUAAUGCAACAUAAUGAGACAUUGAGGGCAAUGAAAUAUCUCCACAUAAUGGUUGAGAAGGGUUUCUCAGCAAAUGCAAACACUGCAACCAUGUUUAUCGACUUGUUGUCAACUAAGCAAAAGAGAUCACGUUUACCGUUGCAAGAAUUCAGUUCUCACCAAAGUGGAGAAGGCCAAGAAUUUGAGACAUUCAGCGAGAAGAAAUGGCCUACUAUUGCCAUUUACAAAGAUGAGGACCAAAUGCUGGUGGUAUUUUCCAACACUUCAUCUCCUUUAAAAUGGUAUGCUCAGCCAGUGGACUGGGACAAUGGGAAAUAUGUACAAGCAGCUGCUGCAAACCCCAUGGCCAGUAGAAAUGCAACAAAAGUGACCAUUGAUCAUUCUGUAGCUUCAGAUUUUCAUGAUGGUGAUUUUGACUUGGCUACAAAAAUGGGAAAGUGA